AACUUGCCCAAAUAAUGCAGUGGAUAAACCCUAUAUAUAGGAGACUUUUCAUGCAAAGAAGAACAUGCACUGCUUGGAAAGAACCUUGUUAGUAUAGCAUAAGCACAAGGCCAUGGGUUCAAUGAUCUCAUCAAAAUGGGUUUCUUUUCUUCUGCUUCUCUUGUGCAUUGUCCUUCAUUUGAGUGCAAUCAGCCUUGGUGAUGACAAGCUUGACCAAACUAGAUAUCGAGACGAUGAUUGUAGGUGGAAUCCAAGACGUUGUGGAGGCCGCUUUGGUCGUGGACGUGGGGGAGGACUAGGAGGUGGCGGUGGUAGAGGUGGUGGCUUUGGUGGUGGAGCUGGAGGCGGAGGAGGGCUUGGUGGCGGUGCUGGAGGGGGUGUUGGAGGAGGUGGUGGCUUUGGUGGUGGUGGAGGACGAGGUGUUGGAGGUGGAACUGGUCAUGGUGGAGGAUUUGGGGCUGGAGGAGGUGUUGGUGGCAGAGGUGGAGGUGGUGCUGGUGGAGGUGGUGGUUUUGGUGGAGGUGGUGGAGGUGGUGUUGGUGGUGGGUCAGGACAUGGUGGAGGCUUUGGAGCUGGAGGAGGGGUAGGAGGUGGAGCUGGAGGUGCUGGUGGUGCUGGAGGAGGAGGUGGAGGAGGAGGUGGUGGCGGUGGUAUUGGUGGUGGUUCAGGUCAUGGUGGGGGCUUUGGAGCUGGAGGCGGUGUAGGUGGUGGCUCCGGAGGUGCUGCUGGAGGAGGUGGUGGUGGAGGUGGUGGAGGAGGUGGAGGUCUAGGUGGUGGAUCAGGCCAUGGUGGUGGCUUUGGAGCAGGUGGAGGUCUAGGAGGUGGAGCUGGUGGAGGUCUAGGUGGUGGUGCUGGUGGAGGUGGAGGUGUAGGAGGUGGGCAUGGCGGUGGAGCUGGUGGAGGUCUAGGUGGUGGUGCUGGUGGAGGUGGAGGUGUAGGAGGUGGGCAUGGCGGUGGAGCUGGUGGAGGAUUUGGAGUUGGGAUUGGCAUUGGUGUAGGAGUUGGGGCUGGUGCUGGCCAUGGAUCUGGAAGUGGUUCGGGCGGUGGUGGUGGCGGCAAAUGA